AUGUGGAUUUGCUUACUGUAUGUGUGUGGUGUGCUGUGCUCGUUGGAGGUUACUGCCUGCACGAUGUCACUGAUUCUGCUCAAUCAGAUGGAAAGCACAACAAAGGUUUAUGAAGUCAAGUUAGUGCUGGAUGUUGCCCGAUUUGGCGAUGACCCACUUGGGCAAAAUGGUUCUCUGCACUUCCAAGCUCUGAAUAUCCCCUGGUAUUCCACUACAUCACAUGGGCAGAUUGUUAGUAAUUUCUUGAAGAAAGUGAAGAUGCCAUACGACCAAAUUCUGGAAAUUGUUGGUGUUGAUACAGGGCCUCUUGAGGAUCUUCUGCAUGAUGGCAAAAUGAGCAAUUCUAGCAGGGAACAAAUUACAUGGCUGGAGCAAACACUAGCGCUGACCAGCAAUAACUGGAAAAUAGUUGUUGGAUAUGAUCCAUUAGUUGAUUGCAAUGAGGUGCACACAACAAAAACAACAAAGAUCUACGAGCCACUCCGGCAUAUUUUUGAAAAAUACGCAGUGAAUGCAUAUGUAAGCACUGGUGGUUCUUGUGGACACUUCCAUCAUGACAAUUCAAUGUCAUAUAUUCAAAACCCCAUCCCUGGAGAUCAAACGGAUUUAGAUGGUUUCUUCUUGCAUAGAGUCAGCCCUCUAGAGAUGGAAACCCUGUUGAUAAACUUAGACGGCGAGGUUGUUCAAAGAUCUGUAGUUCACCAGCAUGGAAGGGAAGCCAUCUGCAAGUGGAUAGGCGCCAGCACAAGCUGGUCUCUGGCUCAGAAUUUCAGAUACAACAUGCAGUGCGAAGCUUUCAGUCUACUAGCCUUCGAACAGCUCCGACAACUGAUUCUCCAGCUCCUCCGCGGUGCGCCCUGCCGGCACCUCAACCUCCGGGUGGUCGUCGAGGUACCGACGGUAAAAUGCGCUCAGCGGGUUCCGUCGCCGGAGGGCGUUCAGGGCUCCUGGCUUCCCGUCAAGGCGCGACACGACGGUCCCCCAGGAAACCUGCAGGUAAGCUUUGAUGUAACCCUCCAUGCGCUCCUCGCGGACGAGCACCCAGCUGGGCGGCAGGAGCAUGCUGAGGUCGGAGCGCACGGCGCGGCGCAGGAUGGCGCUCGUGUUGUUCAGCAUGAAGAUAUGCCUUAG